UCGGUCGAGCGAGCGGCCACUUUUUAACUUGCUCGCUUUCGUUCCGCCGUGACCAGUCCAGUUUGCGCGGUACCCCUGCCGAGUGCGGAGUUCACCGGGAGACGGAAAGGAUCCUCUGCGUGCCGGCCGGCUCGCCCCUGGACCAUUGCCUGCACCGAGGACCAGACGUCGAGGAGACAGGAUGAUGUGCUCGCAGACGGCAGCUCUGCGGAGGGCCCUCGCCCUCGCCCUCGUCCUUGGCCUGGGGAACGCUCAGUACAUCCGAUCUAGGGUCUUGUCCUCUGGUGGAUGCGACACCUACACAUGCGGAACCAACGCGAAAUGCACCAUAAGUGAGGGUCGCCCGGUGUGCUCCUGCCUGAACCUUCACAUGGGAGAUCCCCUCGUCCGCUGCGUCCGCGUCGAGUGUUUGAUUGACGACGACUGCAGCGGCAGCAGGGCCUGCGUGAACAAUAAAUGCGUCGACCCGUGCGCCGGUUCCUGUGGGAUCAACGCCAAAUGCGAAACUAGGAAUCACGUCCCGAUCUGUUCUUGUCUUCCUGGUUACACGGGCGAUCCCUUCAGCGCGUGCCGGGUUGCCGAUCCUCAGGCAGCCUGCAAGCCGAGUCCAUGCGGACAAAACACGAAAUGCGACGUAGUCAACGAGGUGCCGGUUUGCACGUGUCUCUCCGGGUACAGGGGAUCCCCGCUGACGGGAUGUCGCCACGAGUGUGAAAGCGACUCCGACUGUUCGAAUCACUUAGCCUGCUCGAGCAACUUCCGCUGCGAGAGUCCUUGCAAAUGCGGCGAGAACGCCAAUUGCGAAGUCAUCGGACACCGUGCCAAAUGCACUUGCCCGAAUAAUUGGCUGGGAAGUCCAUACGUAAGCUGCCGACCGGAGUGUAGCAGCCAUGGCGAGUGUCCUCGCGGCAAGCCUGCGUGUCUCUACCAGAGAUGCGUGAAUCCUUGUGACGGUGUCUGUGGGAUCAACGCAAACUGCGAGCUGAGAGGUAUUACUCCUGUGUGCAGUUGUCCCAGGGACAUGACCGGGAACCCCUUCGUCAGCUGUAGACCCUUCGAGCCUCGUGAUCUCUGUGAACCCAAUCCUUGCGGAGCCAAUGCCAAAUGCACUCCGGGUCACGACAACACCGGAAAAGAGAGGCCCGUGUGCACUUGCCCCACUGGGUACCUCGGGAACGCCCUGGUCAGCUGUCAACGAGGAGAGUGCCUGACUGACAACGAGUGUCCUGACAACCGCGCCUGCAUAGAUUAUACUUGCCAGAAUCCUUGCACCGGCCGCGAAUGUGGCCCGACAGCCACGUGUUCCCCUAGACGUCACAUCGCUGUCUGUACAUGUCCGGAUGGAACGCGUGGGGAUGCCGUUGUUACCUGCAAUCCUAUCAGCUCUCGGUACUCCCUCGCAUCUAGAGCCUAUUGAAUAGCUCAUUAGGUGUUCGACUAUCCUUCAGCGAGCGCGUAUCAAGGAGUUUCGACUAGAAAAGCGUUUUGUGACCGGCACUGUAUGCUGGUGCGAGUCUGAAAUCGCUGUCCGAGAUCGGAUUGUUUCUAUUUCUGUACCAUGUGUAUAUAAUGCGGUCGCGGUGUCGGUGCGUUGAAACCUUUGGGUGAAGCAUGAUUCACAAUUGCCGCUUAGUCGAGAUCAAAUGGAUUUUAUUUGUAUAAUAGUUUGUAUUGACGACCAUGAGAGUUGCUUAUGAUGUACGGUAUGUACAUUCGAGAUGCUCGUUUCGGGACAGUUCGCAGAGGGACGUAUUAAAUGAUUAUUAUAUCGUCGAUUGAAAUAUAUGCAGUUUUGGAAUAUGUAUAUACAAAAAAAUUGAUCCUGUGAAGAAAAUGUAUUGCAAGUA